AUGUCUGAGCAAUACAAGGGUCAAGAUCUCCUCGACAUCGCCGCCAAAGCAGAACAAGACCUCGCAAACCCAAAGCUGAAGCAUGGAGCACAAGACGGCGGGUUCGGUGGCAAGACCGUCCCCGGAGGUAGUGUCAGCACCGUUGAAUCUGGUAUCGACCAGUCAGUAACAAAUAAAUUCCCCGGGAGCACGGCCGAGUACGGCAGCAAAGUGUCCGGCGCAGGCAACAACCGCGAGAUCCCCCCGGAAGAAGGUGGUGGCAUUCAGAAGGGAACAGGGAGGCCGACAAAGGCAGGAGACUUCGAUCAAGGCGAGGCUGGCGAAGGUCCUGAAGACAUCUCCGCCAAGUAUGCCGCAGAAAACCCCGGGAAUGACGAUGUGAGGUCGAACAUCCGCUGA